GUCUCGAGCUCCCUUCGAUGUCGACCUCGAGCGUCGCGUGCCUUCUCUCUCUCUUCCCCUUACUACCUCUCACCCUAUGUCUGUGCUCUAAAACCAGUGUUCUUUUUUACCUGAACUUUCUGCCCUUCUAGGCUUCGAGAAGGGGAUUUUUGGGCUUGGUUUUUAAUCCCAUUGUGUCUCUGUUUUUCUUUCCCUGAUUUCUCGUUGUAUCUCUGCGAUGGGAGGACGUCUUCCGAAGCUUCCCCUCUCUAGUUGAAGCCCUUCACUCCAUCAGAUGUCCUCCCUCUCACGGCUCUCCCCUACUAGCCCAAAGAAGCCGAGGUUCUCGUCAUCGAAAGCUUAUGGGGUUGGAGAUUGGCUGAAGACAACUACAGAGAGGAGAGAGGAAGGAGAAGGCCACUAGACAGAGGAGAGAGGGAGGUGGAAAAGGGUGGGGCGAAUUUUGGAAUAUGAUAAAGUUUUGGACUUCCUAAAAAUAAUUCGCGGAUCCGCUAGUACACGUGUUUUGUAGUUAUUGGUUCGUUGAUUGAUGACAUGGUGGGCUAAGUCCAUCUAAUAAUUCCUCUGCCUAGAAGACAAAAGGAAGAGGCUGAAAAGGCAAAAGAGCUUUCUCUGAGAAAGUAUUUCCACUCUCGUCUUCAUUCCAUUGCCAUUACCCUUCCCUUCACUUCGGCCGUCUCUGCAUACUUGUCGUAAAAAUAAAAUAAGGCGAAGAUAGGCGAAGAUGGGCGAAGCUCCUUUACCAUGGAACCUUUUCUUCCUCAUCAAGGGCUUCUUCAGCAAGCUACACUGAUAAUCAAUGCUGCGUGUUGAAGCUUGGGACACAAAUUGAGGCUAAACACCACCCCCCCCCCCCCCCCCCCCCCCCCCCCCCCCCCCCAAAACAAACUUACGAGAGGCCCCAAGCUCUGACCCCUUUCCGCCCCUCCAAUGGCGGAAACCAAGGUGGAGACCAUAUCGAGGCUUGCCCAGUGGAAGAUCGACAACUUCGGCCCCUGGUCCUUCAAGAAAUCCGAACCUUUCAAAAUUGGCAUCUGGAACUGGUACUUGUCGGUGGAGAAGAAUCGGUACAUGUACGUCCGGCUGUUCCCUGAGCCGUCGAGGCUGUCUAAGGAACAGUCCCCGCUCGCCCGGUUUGUUCUGAGGGUGUCCGUCGCUGGUGCUAACCGCAGAUUCUACAUCUCUCCCGUUCAUGAAAGACUGCUACGGUCGUGCGACGACUUCAUGUGGCCUGUUGAUUGCGCCUUUCAUGGUCGCUUUGUCAUUGAUGUCGAGUUUCUGGAUCUCAAAAUUUGCCCGUUAAAUAACGGAGAACCAAGCCCAGUGUGGUCAAGCAAUGGGUCAAUGCAGUCAGUGGCAAGUCAGAGUACACUCAGGUGCCUUUCCCGUAUGCUCGAUGAGGCAAUCCAUUCUGACGUCACCAUCAACACGUCUGAUGGCAAUCUGAGGGCUCACAAGGCAAUCCUCUCCGCAAGCUCGCCGGUAUUCCAUAGUAUGUUCAGGCACAACCUCAAGGAGAAGGAAUCCUCCAUCAUCCACAUCGAGGACAUGACCCUGGAGUCCUGCAUGGCUCUUCUCAGUUAUUUGUAUGGAACAAUAAAGCACGAAGAUUUCUGGCAGCACCGGCUGGCCCUCCUAGGUGCCGCCAACAAGUAUGGGAUCUCAGAUCUGAAGGAUGCCUGCGAAGAGAGCUUGUUGGAAGACAUAAAUUCAAGUAACGUCCUUGAGCGGCUUCAGGAUGCGUGGCUCUACCAGCUGGACAAGCUGAAGAAGGGGUGCUUGACGUACCUAUUCGACUUCGGUAAGAUUUAUGAUGUGAGGGAGGAGAUCGAUAACUUCUUCAGGCAGGCCAAUCGGGAGCUGAUGCUGGAGAUGUUUCAGGAGGUACUUACUGUCUGGAAACUCACAUGAGAAAAAUUAUAUUAACAUCAUCUUUGGUCCUAGAAUUACACGUUAGAACUAUGUAUGCCAUAUAUUACGCAUGUUUUGGGCCACAAAGGGUUCAUUAAGCAAACGAUGAUGUGUGAGUAUCAUGUGACUCUAACAAUAUAGAGUAUGUUCGUGGCUUGCUUGUGUUUGAUCAGCUGUUCAAUGCAAGCAUUACACGAUGGGAGAUUGUAGCUUUUGCUAAAUGAAUAGAUAUUAUUCGCCCCUCUGCUGUUAAAAUUUUCUAAA